UCAUCCCCCUUUUUUUUUGUUUUUUUUAUGACAAUGAUGCUCAAGAUUGCUCUUCUCCCGGCUCUCGCCUGCAUUGCGUAUGCGGAGAGCACGGUCACUUCGAUGUUUAUUUAUGGCGCAGACAACCAGCCGUUGGCCGCUUCGAUCGUCGGAAACGAUGCGACUGCUACUACGUACAGCAUCAACUGUCCCCCGGGAACCGACAGCAGUGAUUGUGGCAUGGGACCUGGACUGACCCUGAUUGCCGGCCCCGGUGCUACCACUACAUAUAAAAUGGACGACGGUGAUGAGUUCUAUAUGACUGCUGUCUGUUCCGUUGGAACCGAAGUCGCAGUUUGCACCGACUCGAUGGGUGGAACUGGCGCCAACUUCCCCGGACAGCAUACCUCUACUGCUGAUGUCGACCUGCUGCCUGUCACUGUCACUGCAGGGUCGAUUACCAGCGGAGAUCAACCUGCAACCACUACCGCUGCAACUACGUCUACCGGCACUGCCUCUAGUCCUGCCGUUGCCACUACGAUGGCCUCCUCUACGGCCCAUGUAUCCGCAUCAGCAGUUAAGACCUCGGGUUCCACCUCCACCUCUACCGGGGGUGUUGCUCAGAUCACUGGAAACGCUGGAAUCGUCAUCGGUGGUGCUGCCGUGGCGUUGCUGGGUGCGGUUUUGUAAGGGGAGCGAACUGUGGACGCUUUUCUGAUUGUAAAAAAAAUCUCUAUUUAUAAGAUUCUCACCGUCGACUAUUUACUUUUAUAUCCAUACAUAUAUCCAUAUUGAUGGAAUCCAAUAGCAGGUUCUCUGCAGAUUGUUAUCGCCCGACGGCCAGCGGGAUGGAUUUAUUGGGCACCAUAAGACAGUAAUCUCCCGUAAAUAUGAAUCGGAAGAAUAAAUGAGAGAGAUUCGCCGCUGCUAGCUUGAUCUUUCUUUAUAUUCGACCCCCCGCCAACACUCGUCUUUGGCUUCCGGGCAAAUUCAAAGUCGAAUCCCUAUCAUAAUGACCAUCCGCAGCGUGAGUCCCUACGACUGUGUUGUGUUGGACGGCGGCACUGUUGUCACGGCAGCAGAUGUCGCCCG